AAUUACGCAUUGUUCAAGUAAUUACAUGUUCACAAUUGAAUGGACAGGAAAUAGGAAUUAUUAUUAACAAAUAGAAAAAUCCACAUCAAACUGAUAGGUUGCAUCUCAGUGAUGUGUGAAUAUACAAUAGUGAAUAUUCCGAAUUAAAAAUACCUAAUUGCCACAGGUGUUUAUUCAGCGCAUGCGCUUGCUGGCCAACACACGGGUUUUCUUUUCCUCUCAGCAUCGGAAGGGCUGGACAACGUGCUUCUCUCCGGUUGAAGUUUUCUCCACUUGACUAGCAGGAUGGCCAAACUUUGAAAAGAUAGGAAUACCAAAUCUCCAAUGUUCUGCAAGUAAUGCGUUUUUUCCUCAGACCAGGACAAUCUUGUCAGACACCAGGAGCUUCACCACAGGAGACCCCACCACUGGCCUUGUGUUCAUUCCAACUGUCCUUGUGUGUUUAAAACUCGAGGAGCCUUAAAGUCACACCUUUCAAGACAUCAUGACAAAGCUUACCUUGUUGGGGGAAAGCUCUGGGUGACGCUGAGGACGCAUUGCUAGACGAAUCAUGGUACUGUUGCUUAGAGUUGCACUAUCUGCUGAUGAAGCAAGACGUGUCCAACUUCCAGAAUUGCCAGAGUCUGUGGAUGCGCUUGUGGAUUUCCUUAAAGAAAAACUACAACUUCAGAGGGAUUUCCAAUUGCAAUUUGAGGACCCUGAAUUUCAAAAUGCCCUUUGCAAUUUGUCAGAGAUAUCAGAACUUCCACCUCAACGUGCAGUUCUACACAUUAAGUGGAAAGGGCAUUCAGCUUAUAAAGAUCACUUGGAUCUAUCGAAGUCCCGUAGAUCCAUCUCGUCACUCGACACUGCAAGUCUAAGCUCACCUGCAACUUCACCCAGCCCCUCAACCACCUCCACAAGAAUUUUGCGCAGUGCGUCAGAGUGGCCCUCUCCAUUCCCUAUCCUUGCUCUGUCUCUGGAUGUUUAGCUGAAGUUAAGAAAAGGCAAUGAGGCAUAUGAGAAGACCAAGAAAAGCAUUGAUGUUACAAGAGACAUUAAGACAGACAUUCUUGACAAAAUUGCCCAUGCUGCCUUUGAUAUAAAAGCGUACUUUGAGCCUCACGAAGUAGAAUCCAUUGCAGUUGCUUUGAUCACCAAAUACCCACGCCUCAGAGAUGUUGAUGGCAACGGUUAUGAUGGCUGGCUUGGCAGUAUCCGGAACAAGUUCAGCAACUUCAGAGCAAAACUGGGACUGGCAGGUUGCAGUGACGUUUUCCUCAACAGCAAAAGGAAGGCCAAUGGAGAGACUGGACCAUACACACUGAUGAAGGCCAAGCGUGGGGAGAUCAACCAUUUUCCUGAACAUCCAAAUCAGCAGGAUGAUUCCUCACUUGAACAGCAUAGAAAGCUCUUGGUGGAAGCAUCAAAGACAGCCAAAAUAGAUGAGAAAUUUGUAAGAGAAACGAUGGAGAUUACCUUUCCCUGAGGAGAAGGGAGAUUGUUGAUGACAAGCCAAUGGUGGUAGAAGUGCAAGACAGAUGGCCUGCUUUAUUUUUCAAGGAGCAGAUUGAUGCUGAGUUUUUUCGCAUCACAAACAAGAUGCUAUUGAGGACCUUUAGAGCUGCAGUGGACAAUUACACUCCCAAACUACUUCGUCUGUACUGUGCCCGAAAUGCAGCCUUUGGAAAGGAUAUGGAUGAUGUCAUGGCGAAGCUUGAUGAUGAGACCUCUGACAUCCUCAGGCACCGCAAAGAUGCUGCUCUUCGAGGACUUCCAGUAUUUCUCCGUGAGGACCCUAAGGAACUUUUCAAAGAAUGCCUUGAGACCGAUGCAGAUGAUGUGGCUCUCCAGGGCGUGGCUGUGGCCAUUCUUUAUGUUCUCAAAGACUGUGGUCUAGGGACAUCUACGCGAGUGCAAAACAUUGCCGUCAUCCUCGAAGAGAGAGUUGUUUUGGAAGAUAUGCCAGAUACUCCAACUGCUCUGGCAUACCUUUUUGGCUUCCUUUAUGCCAUGAAUAUCUCCUACCCAAAGGCUCUGAAGUAUACCUUCGAUACUUUGCAAAAUGUCUUCAUGGAGAUUGGUCCAAAAUGCACACAGCGUGUAUGAUCUCUGAAAAACAAACUGGCACUGUAAGACUGACGAUGAGGCUGUAUUUUGAAAUGCGUGUUGGUUACAUCAAGUUCCAAUGAUGGCCCAUGUUCUCACGGUGUUGGAAUAUGGCUGUUUCUGAGGGAAAAAUGACAUUUUAUCAAAUUUGCACUUGAAGAGUGAAUACAAAGUUG